AUGGAUCACCACGAACCUCGCCCAUGCAUUACCGCACUUCCUAGUGCCCGCCCUUCACAGGUACAACAGCUACCACGCUCUAAGGCGCACCGCACUUACCGCCCCUACCGAAGAAUACUCCCGAGCUGUCGCUCACACCUGAUCCUCUACACCAAGACCUGCUGGACGAUCACGGAGAACUCCGAAGGGCGCACCAUCGGUCUCCGCCACCAGUACCGGAAGCGGCGCGCAAAUGGGAGAUUUCUGAGGUUUUUGCCUCGCCUGCAGAGUAUCCCGGAAGAGGAGGAGAUGGAGGACGUGUGCGUUCUAAGCACGGAGGUGGUGGGUAGAAGAAGGACCAAAAUGGGGGGGAGGCGUAUAACAGGCUUUUGUAAGUAUCUGGCCUUGUUUUUGAUCGUGACUGGUGUGGCCGUGGCGUUGGAGGUGUCGUUCUGGGGCGUGGUGAGCUUUGUAGUGGGGUUAGUGUGGUGUGGUAUUGUGUAG